AUGGAGCCCGACGCGCUCGUGCAGUGCCCGUACGACCGGAACCACCAGGUGCGCGUGUCCCGGCUGCCGUAUCACCUGGUGCGCUGCCAGCAGAACAACCCGCAGGUGUCGCGCGCCUUGGCCACCUGUCCCUUCAACGCGCGGCACCGCGUCCCGCGCGGGCACCUGCGCAGCCACGUCAGCUGCUGCCCCGACAAGCUGCCCCUCGAGCUGCCCCCAGACCCCGAGGACACGGCCGGGCCAGCCUGGGCCCCCGCCCAGGCCUGGCAGCCCCCCCCGUGCCGGGAGGACUGGGACGCAGAGCUGGGCGAGCUGGAGCAGGAGCCGCCCCCGUUCGUCCUGCGCGUCACCAAGGGGGACCUGCCCGUCCCCUGCGGCAGCCCCGACCCCGCCCCCCCCCCGGAGGGGCUGUCCCCGAGGAAGCCGCGGCCGGCGACAGCGGGAGCGCGCCUGGGGACAGCGGGAGCGCGCCUGGGGACAACCAGAGCCCGCGUGGGGACAGCCGGAGCUCGCGUGGGGACAGCCGGAGCUCGCGUGGGGACAGCGGGAGCCUGGCCGGAGGUGGCGGGGGGGACCCGGGGGGUCCCGGGGGCCCGGGGGGGGCUCGGAGCCGGAGGGGCCGCCCCGGCUUUUAAAUUUUUGCGGAAAUAA